CGAGACCACUGUUAUUUCAAAAUGGCGGCUGAAGUUUGUUGAUCCCUUUUAUAACGUUUACUCGUCUUUUACAAAAGGAUCCCUUCUUACAGCAAGAUGAAUAUACUCAAAACGCCGGAAGAUAGCACUGCUUUUGUGAGAAUCAUGGGUGAAUUCGACCAGUUUUUGUCUAACAACCCGAAAGGUCGGCUAACGUACGAAGACUAUUCCAGUGAGACACGCUUCAAACAAGGACGUAGUUCCUCCUCCAGCAGGGUCUUGAGUAAAUCGCGGAGCCAGGGAAGUCUCCUUACUAAAGAACGAGAGAAGGAUGUGGAACUGAUAAAAAACCGGAGCAAAAUAGUGCAGUUAGAGAAUGAAAUGAACAGCUUGGAAUCUGAAAGAAAGCGAGCUCGAAUAGAAUUCGAGAAAGAUGCUGGAAAUCAGAAGCUAAGUUUUCGCCGACUGGAAGAGAAAUACGACGACCUGCAGCAAAACUUUUUGUGCAUUGCAGAACAGGAGAAAAAUGCUAAAGACCAGUUAAAGGAGGUGAAAAAAGAGUACGAAAUUUUCCGCAAUAAAUCAGAACAAAAGUUGCAAAACCUUCAAAGAGAAAAACUGAAAGCUUGCGCGGAACGAGAUGAGGUUUGUAUGUAAUUUUCUCUUUCAGAUUUCCAUUUAGUGGUCAGUUAUGUAACCUUUGACAUCAAAAUUUCUUUUAAACUGAUCCAGCUGAAAACAGUUUUUUAAUCACCUGGACAUUGAGUUUUCUCCUUCUUGUCUAGUGGGGGAUAUGGGAAAAAGGCCCCCAUACCUCCAUAAUUUAAGACUAAAACUGAGGUUUGAGAACAGAGGGACUGAUAGGUCUGUGCCUUAAAUAAAGGUCUACACCUAAGUCUACUCUCCACUUUCUUUUAUCCUGAUAAUUGAUGUGAACCAUUAACAUCAAAGAUGAGCUAACAAGCCAAAUAGGGGCAGUUGGCUUGUUACUUUAAUUGUUAGAGUGCUGCACCACUAUCGCAGAGGUCAUGGAUUUGAACCCUGUACAAGCCUGAAUUUCUUCAGGCUUUCUUUUUGCAACUGCAAAAGCUGCAUCUAGAACAGUGAUGAUCUUCUUUCUCUAAUUCUUCACCCUGCUGUUCCUACACAGAGGUUCCAAUAAAUGAUUUUCGUUUCAUACAUCAUCCUUUCCAAGGUCUAUAAUGAGCCAACUCAAUGACCCACCACCAGCUGGCUUGCUAGCUCGAUUGGUAGAGCACUGCAUGAGUAUUGCAGAGUUCAAGAGUUUGAAUCCCUUAGAAGCCUGAAUUUUUCAGGUUUUCUUUCCACAACUGCAAAGCACAAAAGACUGCAAUUUUUGUAAUGAAUUUUGCAGAUAAGGGAGGAUUCAAGCAAAAAACAAAUGGAGAUGAAGAGUUCUUUGUUUAGGUAAUUAUUUGCAUCAAUUGAUAUAAAGUAAUGAGUAAGUUGGACUUACCAUUUAGGUGUGGCUUAGUCUCUCUUGGGGGAAUCAAUGAUUUCAAUUUCUUUAGUAAGAUUGAAUUAUAAAUAUUUGUGUCUGUUAUGGUAGAUUAGUGAGGCUUUGUCACUAAAGGGUGAGCUUUUUUUUCUGAAUAAUAGCAUGAAAAAGGGGAACGUUAUUGAAAACAUAAAUGAAUAUAUUGUCACUGCUUUUAAAGGAGUUACCUGUGCUCCAUUCAGUUUAAUUGCUGACCCUAUCUGAAGUGAUAAAUAAAACCUUGCAAACUUUGAUGAAGUUUAACAUAUGUAGCAUUAUGUUAUGUAUAGCUAAUAUGAGAUUGGAAGCUUAUUUUUUUAGUUUCAUUCUAAGUUACAACAAUAGCAAUAUUAAUGCAGUAAACCCACUGCAAGAUUAUGGUGGACAAAAUAGUACAGAUUUCUGCAUAAGGUUCAUUGCUGCAUGUACAGUAAAAGAAAUAAUUAUUCUUUUUUUCAGGCUAGAAACUGAAAAAGCUGCAAUACAAACUGAGCUGGAAGAUACUAAGAGUCAACUUGAAAGUUUUCAAAGGUACUAAUGAAGGCAAAACUAUUGUUAUUAUUAACUUAUUAUUGUUAUUAUUAAAGGCAUGUUUCAGCCAAUGAGGCACAUAUGGCCAGAGCUUUUUACUAAGUUUCAGUAGCAUGAAGUUUCCUGGGAGUAUAGUCACUCCCCCGUGGAUGGGAUGCUAGUCAAAGGUUACGGUACCCCAAGCAGUAGGUUGCCAGUUCCCAUUUAUCAGUGCUUCUGAUAGUUCGUGGGGAAAAGUCAAAUCUCACAUGAUUUUUAGUGUCAGAUUCGCAGAAAAAUUGGCCAAUUUUUUGCAGAAAUUUUUGGGGCUAAUUUCACUGAGAAACAAUUAGUAAAAAAUGGCAAUUUCAUGGGAAUUUUUGAGGCAAAUUUUGCUAGAAAAUGAUCGAUGUAAUAUUUUAUAACAAAGGUAAUCAUUUGCUAUUUUAACAACAAAGCACUCAAGAAAUGAGCCAAUAGCAAAGCUUUUAACAGCAUGACUAGUGGCCAUUUUUUCGCAACAUAAUUUACACCUAGUAGUUUUGGGAUGUUGUUUGCUCAUUUUAGUGAUGAAGUUUCAAGAUAAAUUUGCAAGUUUACAGCAAUUAAACAGCCCUAAUAGCCGAGAUAAGUUUUCAAAUAUGUUGCAUUAGACAUGUAAUUGCAAGAUUUCUAGCAAAUUUUGUGGUACUUAGAUGUUUUUAUGAAUUUCGAGGGAUUUCGCGGAUUUACCUGAAUUUCGUGGCUCUGCGACCACGCAAAAUAUCAGAAGCCCUGAUUUAUACCCCUGGGCCAUAGAGAAAAAUGGGACAGUGAGGGAAUCUCAGGGCAUUGUUGGCCGGGAUGAUACUUAUGUAAAUUGCAUCAUAAUUAUUUUUUAGAGGUUGGUUUUGUGACAUCCACUCAUUUUAAUUGAUUGAAACAUGACACACCAAGAGAGCAUAAUAUCCCAUUAUUCUCUCUUGAAAACACUGAAUUAAAGUUUGCGAAACCAUCUUCCGAUUGAUUUCAAGUGCUUGUUGGUCUAGAAAUAACUUUGGUGAAAAUCACAUAUCCCUUGGGCUAGACUGGGCAUGUGUCUCUCUGUACUAUUGACCUAAGUGAAGAGAAACAUGGUGGAGGAAAGUUUAUUGUCUGAUUAAGGAAACAAUGGGAUAGCAAGACUUGAACACCAAACCUCAAGAUCUGAAGUUCAAAGUGUCGACCACCGGGUUAUCAUGAAAAACAUUUGUGCCUCGUUUCCAAGAAAUCUGAUCUGUACAAUUAUGUAGCUUUUCUUUAGUCUUCACUUCAGAAGCUGCUUGUAUUGAUUUUUCACACCUAAAAUUUGAAAAUUAGCAGAAUGCUGGUAUUAAGGGGACAUUUUGACACUUAACUCAAAUUCAAAGUUUGUCUUACUUAAAUACGUAAUAUUUGCAACAGAUAUGUCAUAUGUCAUAUUUAUGCACUAGCUAGAGAUAAUAAGAGGUUUUCAGACACGUAUGCCGAUAGUUUUGUUUCAUAUUAAUUUUUACAGAAGACGUAGUGAGUUAAUGUCUCAGUUACUGGAGCUUGAGCAACUCAGAGAAAAAUCAAAUACUGCUGAACACAGGGUCAAGGUAUGAUUUUAGUACUGCUUGUACAUGAAGCUCUGUGAUUAUGCCUCAAGAUCAAAGAACGUAAAACACAAAGCAUGGGACUCCAAAGUUUUUUAGGAUAAUCUGCCAGUUUGGCAAUUUAGCAUUCUGUCAAGUAGCUUUACCAUAAAAAUAGCCUGACAAAACAACCAACAUUUUUGCAAUGUUACUACUGGUUUCUGAGGAACAAGUGCAGAAAUUCCAUACUGAUGAUGCAUUACCUCCCAGGUCUAUUUGGGUAGUGCUUCUGAUUGGUUGAAGCAAAUUUUCAACCAGUCAGAAGCACUACCCAGAUCUGGGUAGAGUCACAUGAUCAGUACAGAUUUCUGCACUCGUUCCUCAGACGUCAUUUAGCUGGGAAACGGGUGGAGGCGUCACGAAAUGAUGGUUGUUAUCGACUAAGGCUACAUGCAUCACAGAAAUAAAUUACCAGUAACAUCAUAUGAAUAACAAAAGACAUAUCACUAAUGUACUAACUAUGAUAUUAUCGAUAAGGAACUGGAGCAGAAGCUGGCUCGCCAGGAAGAAGCUACAGGGGUUGCCAUGGUAAUGCAAACACAACUCACAAAAUACAGGGAAUUACAGAAAGAAAACGAGAAAUUGAAAGAAGACAAUUAUUAUUACAGGUAUAACUAACAUUUCCUUUGACAAUAAACCCUGUUAUGCAGAGAAUAACAACUUUGCAACUACUACCAAAGUGAAUGUAUGAAAAUUUCAUGCUUUUUUGUUUGAACUGCACACAAAAAAUCUUAUAUUCACAUUUUCAGUUUGUGUACUUUACAUUAGCAAUUUGUGCAGUGUAUGAUAAUGACAAGGCUUGAAAAAAGUCCUGUCCAGUCAUCCUGGACAAGUAGAUUUUCUUACUGGGCAAGUAACUUUUAAAGCUAGGGUCUAAGCUAGUCACCUUCAAACUAAAUCAGUAACUAAGAUAAGGAAGAAGUGGCCCCAGGCAAGCAAAAUGUUAGAGCUGCUUGCCAGCCCAAAGGACAAGCUGCAAUUAAAGUUUUCUUGAGCCCUGAAUGAGACUGAAACAGGAAGUAAAAUUUGAUUUAAGGAUGAAAUAAUAUUGAACCACAUUCUCAUGAUAAUUUACAAUUUAGGUCCAUGAUCUUGAAAUUGAGGUCAUAGUUUUGUUCUUAGCAGGUGAAUAUAUACUUUUUACUGGAUGAGGAAAUUUUUUGAAGCACCUGAAAUAACCCACAGAAAAUAAUAGUACUCUAAACUAAAUAUGCAUGUAAAAUUUCUUAUCAUGUACCUUUAAUACCAGUUUAACAGGUAUCUCAUCUUAAAGCCCUUGAGUUUAAAUCCCCAAAAUUAUUGUCAUCUAAACUAUUUACCUCUGUAAAACUGUGAAAGGUUUGACCCAAGGAGUCAUUUUAUUUAAGUACAGGUAGGUUAAGUAUGAUUGUCCGGGUGAAUGUAGUUCCGAAUAGGACUGAUGUUUUGACAACCUGUGUAGUAGUCAUCUUCAGACUCAAAGUGAGUUGUACCACAUCAAUUGAUGGUAUUUUACUCUGGUUAGUGACCUGGUCAAUGAAGUCACAUUGUCAUUGGUUGUCUGUCAGUUAAGCAGUGAUGUUAUGUUUCGAUCCAUCUAUUGUCACAGUUUAACAGUUGUAGAAAUCUUGCAUUAUAGUUUUGGAACAAGACCCUGUCCUCAAGCUGAGGGCAUUGCCACUGAACUGGGCAUCAAUCUUACAGUGCAAUAGGAACAACUUUUUAACAACAGUAAUUUCUUUAUUUUUAGAGAGACAAAUGAAAGUAACCUUUUAUUGAAAGAGAAAGCUGACAGUUUGCAAGGAAAGCUUGUGCGGGCUGAGCAGAGGAUUACAGAACUGACAAGGGUGGAGAUUGAGAAUGAAGUGAGUGAAAUCUAAUUCAAGUCAAUGUUACUAUGUGUGUCAGAAUUAUGCGAAUACUAAGCUCCCCUGGGCAUUGCUACACUUAUUAGUACUUGUUAUUAUGCAUUAUUUUUGUGCCUUCCUUAAUGAUUUUGUUCGAAAAUUUGUUCCUCAUAUAUAUAAGAAUUUUUUAAGACAACAAAGGUGUUUUGUUUACUUCUCAAAGGUUUCCAUAACUAUUAUUGUUGUUGUGAUUUAAUUUAAGUAGUGUGUUCACAGACCAUUAAUUUUCUUGUAAGAGAUCGUCGAGCAUGUAUAUAUGUAUGAAAUCACUCGCAUGCUGCUGAAUCGUCAAAGAAAAAGAAAAAUGUCUGUGGAUAGGCUGAGAUUUAAGGAAUGAGAAAAAUGUAUGCACAAUCCAUGGGCUUUCAUAUCUGCUACGUAAAAAAUUUUGCAGAGAACUUGGAAUUUGAAAACUGUCAUUUAAUUGUUUUUGUUGUUCUUUUAUUUUGAUGUUUAUGUUAGGAGCUGAAAAAGAAAAUUCAGAAGUGGGAAACUGAGGAUUUAUCAGGAACAAGAAGGCUGAGGUCUGGCUAUCAUUAGUAUAACUAUGUCCUAAUAUUAAUUUUUAUUUCUAGUAACUAACAACAAGCUUUUGUGAAUUAUGUAAAAUAAAAUAUUGACUUGGCUUGAUUAACUUGACUCACAUCUUUAAUGAAUUUAUGAAAUUCCUUACUUUACAGAUCACCUGCCCAGCUUGCCCAAGAUGUUGCAAAUCUGCAGAAAACUCAGGUUGUAUUACUGGAAACACAGAGCGAUUUAAAAUCCAGGUGUGGAUGCUCUUUAUCAUGUUAUGUUACUAAAAAUAGAGUAUCAUUCAUUCAAAAUACAUAAUUAUUUGUAACAAAAUCACUGAUGAAUAAUAAAUCAGUUCUUGGAUAUGGCUUUAAUACGAUCUGAAGAAUUACAGAGUAUACAGAUCUCGGAGAGUAUUGUCCAUCUAGGAGAGUGUAACAGCUGUAUCACUCUCCGGCUGAAUCCAUUAAGUGCUAAUUAUCUAAUGGACAAAACUGAUUGUCAAAAUCUCAGUCAGUUUUGUGCUUCCAAACUGAUUCUCAUUAUUUGAAUGAUUUUUUUUAUCUUUCCAGUGCUCAGAUCAAUGAGAGAGCUUAUCACAGGGCAGCAGAGGAACUAGCUGUUGUUAAAAGAGAGGCAGUAGAAUUGAAGGUAACUUAUAAAAAAGGGAACUCCUACAAUCAAAUACUGACAGUAUAUACUAUGUAGUGAGUACAAGGCAACUGCCAUCACUCUGUUAAGCCAGGGGUGUCUUCACCCCCAACUAGCUUUUUCUCGCCUACUGCCUUUUAACUUUUUGUUCGCAAAUUAAUGAGCACUCACCUGUCGCGGGUAUAUGAAAUCAAUUACCCCUGCACGGGGACACUAGAUCCCUAUGUGCCCAUGCCACUCAUAAUUUGUUUUAUUUUUUGUUCAAAUGUUUGAGUAUUCUUUUUAUUUUAUUUUAACCAAGGUCUUAAUUUAUGGGCAGUGCCUCACAUGGGACAUUAGUCCCGUUGUACCUACCCCUUUUGGGUUUUUGCUUCUUUUCUUUUCUUUUUUUUUUUUUUUUUUUUUUUUUACNUCUUUCCAGUGCUCAGAUCAAUGAGAGAGCUUACCAUAGGGCAGCAGAGGAACUAGCUGUUGUUAAAAGAGAGGCAGUAGAAUUGAAGGUAACUUAUAAAAAAAGGAACUCUUACAAUCAAAUACUGACAGUAUAUACUAUGUAGUGAGUACAAGGUAACUGCUAUCACUCUGUUAAGCCAGGGGUGUCUUCAUGUAAAGGUAGUGGGGAUGCUUACAAGUCAGAAACUGUAGAAUUUUAAAAACCCUUAGAGGAAACAAAUCUGGGUUAAACUACUGGUCUCUGUCAAAACUGGAAAAAACUGUUUUACAGGUCUAUUAUUUGAUUACCUGCUGGUUAAUGUGUCAUGGGCACUCGCUUAAAAAGUCGGUGCUAUUAAAAUCUUUUAUGCAACUGUAUAAUGAACUUGUAAUAUUUUGGAAUACACAGGAGAAUGCAGAACGGCAAAGGGAACGGAAUCAAAAACUCCAGCGAAGGCUGUUUCUUGUCACAGCUGUAAGUGAACUAUUAGCUUGUUUGUUUCAAAAAGGUAAUAGUAAUGUUAUGGUUUUACUGUUGAGUGGGAUUUUUUCCAGCACUUAACCAGUUUAAUUUCACAAAUUAUUUGGAUGGUUUACCGUGAAUAAUCUCAAUAGACGCGUGGGGGCGUCUGUUCAAUUUUAGGGGUCCAAGAGGUGUCGUUUAUUCUCGUAACUGAUAGAACCUCAACAAAACUAUUAUGCUUCGGCGAAAAUGUUAAGAUAAAUAUCCACUCCAUGAAUUGAUUCGUCUAGGCCGUCUAGUGAUCCAUAUCGCUCUUUCACAUCUCAACAUUAAGGUCAGAGUCCUCGUUCAUGGACAUUGUGUUGCCAUAGUUAGUUUGUCCUUACUUUGAACUUGUUAUUCAGCAAGAUACUAUGUGCAAACCCUUGUGAUUCCUAGUAUCUUGGAGUAUAUCUCAUAGGGGGCGUCUAAUACAAACUGUCUUAACAUUGUAGAGGGGUGUUUAUUAGAUGAGAGGCGUUUAUUUCAGAGUGGGCGUCCAUCAGAUCAUUGACGGUAUACUUUCAGGUUACAGUUGUUAUAUCUCUCCCAGUGCAAUGAUUGUAUCUAAAUAAUGAUGACAAAGAAAAUGAAGAUGAUAAUGAUUUUCAAUGUCGUCAUUAGGAACGCGAUGGAUGCCGAAGGAUUUUGGAUAAUUACGAUAACAGCUAUUCAUCAAACUAUGACCCUCAGAUUCGUGCAAGACUGCAAGAGGUUGGUAGGACAGGACAGGAGGGUCUGAAUGUUGUUUGGUGCCAUUUGCCCAUAAUUUUUAGUGUUUGCUGUACAAUCGGCCAAUUUAACACAGAAAAUACUGUUUAAUCUUUGGAGGGUUUUUCUUGAAAAAAUGUAGUCUUUUAGCAUAUUUGUCAAUUCUUAUCUGCUCUUUGAAAAUUUUCGGAUUUCUCCUCAAAAAUGUUCUGUUUUCUUUGGACAUCUUCGGAUAUCUUCGGUAGUCUUCGGAAAUCUUCUGAAAUAAAUGGGAAUUGUCGCAGAAAGACCGAAAACCCCUUGAUAUACUAAAUAAAAUAAUCAUGAUUGGAUUUUUUGGAGAAGUUUGUGUUUCAUUCUGGAAAAAAAAUUACUGUUACAGUGAAUUUUUUACUGUUAAUGUUAAAAUGCCUUAAAUUUCUGUUUCAUGUUACAGGACCAAAACAUUAAGGGCCAGUUAUUAAACGGAGUUUAGCCAGUGCUUAAUAAAACCCCCUUCUAAGCCAUUUUCAGUUUGCCAAACGCCUUUGUGUAAGCAGUAUUUAUUGUGAACAGUUUCAUGAAAACAUAUGGCCUAUACUAGAAAAGCAAUUGUCUUCUUAAAAUGACCCACUAAGAAAGAGAUCUGAAGGUCCAAAGUUUUCCUAGACCGCGGUCUAAGUUAGACCUCGUUUAAAUAACUGACCCUAAGUUUUUAGUGUUACCGAAGUACCCCCAUUCAGAUUCUAGCUCGUACAACGUUCAACAGUGAACGCUGAGUUUGUUACCAUCAUUUAGCUAUCAAUUAUAUCGAGGUUUUUUCUCCUUUUUGAAGAUACAUGUAAAAGAUACAUGUGAGCUAGAAUGAAGCUGUUGUCCUCUAAUUAUACCUCGUUAAAGAUAGUUUAGAUGCUAUAAGGAAAAGAAAUCGACGUCAAUGCCCUUGCCAAGAUUUCAGUAGUAUUAUGAAAAUACGCCUAUCACUAUCACUAUCACUAUCACUUAUUCGAACUUUAUCGUAACGUAAUUUGACUGGAGGUUUUCUAUAUCUUUGUAGACUCACGGGUUUGUCGUUUUUAUUAGUUGAAGUACAUGCUUCUUUGUCACUUACUGCUUCGAGCCCAGCAUACAAACGGCUUUAACAUUUGUUUCUUUUUCCAUCAGGCUGAAACUCGUCUUAAAACAUGUCAUGAACACAUACAAACUCUAGAGGUUAGUCCACACUGAAUCAUCAGGAAGUUUUAGAUACCAUGGCAACGGCGGCGAAAACGUCACCACUAAAAAGUGACUUCGCGUUCUUUGAAACUGCAGCGCUAUUAUCCCGACUGGCUUACUUUGUUUAUAAAUAUAGGCGAACCAUCCCGGAGUUGAAUUCCUAAGAAAAAUAUCCAUAUUGAAUCAGUGAAAGAGAAAUCCGUCUUCGUUUGUUGACGUACUCGAGAAAACGUGAAAUUAAGCAAUUUCACGUCUUGUCGUGCAGUUACGGCAAAGAAAUGUUCCAAAAAGGCGUGCUGAACGUGCAAAGUUGUUGUUUUGCUCAUCGAAACAUAAACCUAAUCCUUUUUUGACGUUCUCGUUGCCGUUGACGUCAUGAUUAUUUAACCUUCCUUCAUCGAAGCUAAUCCAAAGGUUCCGUCUUUUUACAGAGGUAUAUUUACUCAGGGUUACUUUAUCAACUCAGUUGAAAACACCAAAAAAAAGUGUUUGACUCCCCCUUUCAAAGUUUCUGUUGAAACUAACCCCUUUAUUCUUUCAUUACCGUAAACUUCCGCUGAUAAGCCCCCCCGCCCUAAUUAUAAGCCCCCAUGCAGGCUAUAGGCCCAUCUACCGGUAAACAAAAAAAACAUGCGGUAAAAACCCCCCCCCCCCCCCUCCGGAUAUAACGGAUAUAAGCCCCCCUCUUGCUUGUAUCGAAAUGAAUUAGAUGUUUACAAAGUUUUGAAGCUUUAAAAAGCGAGUGAAUUCAAAAAGUAUUUUGAUUAGCACUGCUAUAUAGCUUGUUUUGAAAGGCUUUUUUAGUCCGGUUAUAACCUCCCCAGUUUACAAGCCAUCUUAAAACCCAUUUUACGAAGUUGUAUAAGCCCAGGGAGUUUACGGCAUAUUGGCAACGAUAAAAAAAAAAUGAUUUUGGUUUUGGUAUAUUUUACGGCAUGUUUUGGAGCAUGGGGGAGUAUUUUAAGACGCUUGAAUAAAGGUAGCAAUAAUUAUUUUCGAGUGGAGAGAAACGAGGACCAGAAAUACGUCUGUGUCUGCAGGCCACUCGAUUGGUUAUUUCUUGCAACUGUCUCGCGGAACAAACGAUGGGUUAAUUUGCCAUCAUCAGAAAAAUUAAACUUCUCUCUGAUUACUUUAUUUUCAGGUCGAGUUGAAUGAAAAAGCAGAGCUGGCAUGCCAGGAAAAGCUAAAAUGUAACAAAGUAUGUAAUUUCACCAUACUGAUCCAUGUACCUUAUUGGUUCUUAAAUUCGCGACUUUGGUAAGACUGUAUUUCGCGGGUUUUAUUUUCGCGAUUUUAGUAGGCAAAUAUAAAAAAAGGGCAUUAAAUUUUACGAUUCAAGCGUUAUCAAAUUUUUUUCAAAGUCUCAAUUUUUUAGAAUUCUUUUUACAUUGUAAGAUUCUCUACUCCAUAUGUGAAGUCUUUACAAGCUAUCGUUACUUCACAGUAGAAGUUACAAAAUGGAACUUACCACACCAGUCAAGCCAGUAAAUAAUUUGUGCAUUUGUCGAUGCAUACCCUGUGUGUGUUGUUGGUAUUACAAGUUUCUCAGUUUUUCUGUGAAUUGAAUUUUCUAUAUGGGUGUUGAAUUACGUUUGUUUAAAUUUCGUCAGUAUUUUUAUUCGAGGGUCUUUAAUAGGUGUCUAAGCACAUCUAUUGGAAAUGACCACUGGUUUGCACCCUGUAAGUUUUUACUGAGGUUUUUGUCGCUUUUAUUGUCCUUACAGCUUGAAGUUGAAGUUAAUGAACUACGUGAUAAGUUGUCUAAACAGACGCAAGGAACACCAGACAACAGUUUGUUACGGUAAAUGUUAAAAUCUAAGAAAUAUGGAAUAUUUUGUAUGUCGAGAGCGUUGGACGGAGAAAACCCGAUAUAAUUCAAACCCUUAAUUUUCCCAUUGCAAAUCUGAGGUCGGGGCUAUAAGUUCACACGGCACUGACGAGUUUACGACCGGUUGAAAAUUCGUGCGUUUAGGUGUUCUGUUCACACAGAAUCAUCUUAACCGAACGAAAAUUUAGACACAUAGUCGUUCAAAGUUCCAUGUGAACAGAACGGAAAAAUUGAACGGUCUCGUGUGAACGAAGUGUCCGGUCAAAUUUUCAGCCGGUCGAAAAUUCGUUCGGUGCUGUGUAAACGUGUUAGGAGUACAUUUUACCGAGUUAAUUGCAUUUUAUGGUUUUGGGGUUCGUAGGGGUUUUCACAGAUCUGUUAAUCCAAGAACAUUUAUUCAGGUACAAAGUAUUCACUCUUAUAUAUUCUGGAUUCAAAAUCUCCGGACACGCGGCCAAACCACCAGAAAGUUUAUAUAAUUUAGGAUUCACGCAAAAGGAAUCCGGUGCCAUAAUGUUCCAGAUUCGUCACGAAUCUCCUCUAGUGUAAACUGAACCUGUUUAUCGAACAUUUCUAAGCAUCCCUGGAGUAGUAAGUUUGGCCAAGAAAAGGCAGUGGGGGUGACCGUCACCGAUACAUCGGUUAUCCAACGUAGGAUUUGAGUGAGCUACUUUAGAACCGAUUCCGAGCUUUGUAGCUGCUAUGGACGGGCUUUCGAUUUUAGUGAAUAUUCAAAUAUCAACUCCAGGCGCACCGUUUGUGAGAGUUAAUCGUUUAUUUAAAGUGGAGGGGGGACUUUAAGCGGAAAGGAAGUUUCUCACAUUUGCAUCACUUUGUUUUACAGUAAAGAGGUGGAAAACCUUAGAGAAGAGAACGCCAAACUACAGGAACAGCUGGAGAUGUACGAUCUCCGUAAAGAACAAAUGCAUAUGCAGGUAUGCACGCCUAUUUGUUGGUUUGAGGAAAGCUGGUCGGUUCUCCCGAUUUCUCCCCGAGACAUAAGGAACAACAACAACAACAGUAAUUUAUUGUACCCAAAGCAGAAUAUUAUAGUUAUUUUACAAGUUGUUAAAUUAAUCAAUUAACUAAAAGGAGUACUGACUUCCUGAAAUAACUAAUAAGUUAAAAAUGCCAAGAAGACAGUAAGAUAAUUUAGAUAAGUUUUAUUGAGCGGGGUACAAUAUGGCAGCAUAUCAGACUGUAUACACACAAACACACAGAUAUACACAUAUACACUAGCACGUAUUACCGUAAGAAGAGCGAAAAAGUAGGAUGGAAGUUCCGAAGUACAAGAUAAUUGGCAAUAAUAAUAAUAAUAAUAAUAAUAAUAUUUAUAGAGGAAGCCUAACUCGCCAAGGCGGUUUUCAGCUUUAAUCUUAUCUUCAAUUGAGUUCCCCGGAACUUUUAGAUCCGACGACACCGACGGUAAAGAGAAUGUCAAAAAUCAAUGUUUAGAUUAGCCAUGGAUAAGCAAAACAACAACUUUGCACGUGACUCACGGCAGGGUUUGCAAACUUCAUUGAUGGAUAAAGUCAGCGUGACUUCUGCUUCACAAAUUUUGGAGUCAUUUUGGAAUAUUUAGAGUCAAGUAACACUUGCUUUGGCGGUUCUUCACUCGGUCGAUUCGACCAGAUUGCCAUUUCAGCGCGAGGUUCUGGCACGUAUACGCUAUCAUGACGGAAACAUGAGGUAGCUACCUUCUCUUUGAGAGUCCGCUGACCUAGAAAGGCUCAAGUCCAUGUUCAUGAUCAUCGUUCGGGUGACCUUUAUUGUAAUUUAGCCUAUAUGUGUACACAGAUGAAUAAUUGUUCAAUUUAGGUGGUUUAAAUCAGGUUUACAACAUUUGUGGUUAACAUUGAUUAUUUUGUAUGUGUUUUGAAAAAGGUAAGGAAAAAACUCUUUUGCAACCAAAAAUUUCUGGAGUCAAAGCCCUCCGUAACCUCGGUGUAGUCAUCUUGAAAAUGCUGGCGUAAAAUACGCCACUGAAUUUGGCGUAUUUGACAACCCUGCACUCACAUUUCUUUGUAUAUCCUUUGCCGUAACUACACAACUACGGCAUGAAAACACCUAAGUUCAAAUUUAAUGGAGAACGUAAACAAGCGACGAUGGAAUUUUCUUUCUCUUUCUGAACUGGGUAUUGUUCUUAGGUAUUCAGCUCCAAGACAGUUCGCCUUAGUUUCCAGGUCAUCCAUGCACGUAUAUUUUCUCCCUCUCCCAUGCACCAUCACUCCUCGUUUUAGAAGUUGUGAUUUGUGGCUUUUACCAGAAAAAGCAAAAAGAGAAGAAAUAAGUCUUAGUCGACGUCAACCUGCCGUGCAGUCCUGCCCGAAGGAAAUUAUAUGUGAUUUGUCGCUUAUCCUUUUUUAAGGUUUAUACUUAGCUUUGAAUUGUUUUAGGGUUACUACGAUCCUACCAAGACCAAGAUAGUUCACCUGUCGAUGAAUCCAUCAAGCAUGGCUAAACAGCAGCGGGCAGAGGAGUUAGAAAAAUUGAGGAAGGAGAAUGAAACACUUCGGAGGAGGCUACAGAUCCUGGAGGAAGGAGGCGGCAGUAGCCAAGAGGAAGUCAGCCCCGGACUCAACAAACUCACUCCUGAAGGAGCGCCGAGUGUCAUGAAACAAGUGGAAGGUCAGUCAGUUCUCUUUAUCCAUUGUGCUGGAUUUAUUAAUGAUAGUCAGCUUACGAAUAGCUCCUCUUUGCCUGAUUUGCAUGUAAUUGUCCCGACCGUCUUUAUGGCCCAAAACCGGUCUCAGAAGUGAAUGUGUUCAGACCAUCGACAUGUCGAGCGAUUGGCGCUAUCACAGAUCUCCUGGAUAGACCUGGGGCCCGUUUCUCGAAAGUCCCCGUAAUUAUUGAGCCCGUGAAGCUGUUGUCGUUUACGAAGUUUCAAUAGUUUUGCAGAUAAUAUGAUAAAACUAUGCGUCAAGAAAACAAACUUUACUGGUUUCUUAGCGAGGAACUGCGCUUUUGUUUUUUAGAUUUUGAUCUAAAUAUUUGAUUUCGGGACCGUCAAGUUACAGGGAUUUUCGAGAAACGGACCUGGUUUAUAUAAUUGUCCAGAUUGUCUCAAUCGUUACAAAAUAACCGAGGCCGCGAUAGAGAUGAUCCAGACGAUUUUGUGGACUGACCAGGUUUUAAGAAUGCUAUAUAGUAAUUGCCUAUUCUACCGUUACCUCGAAUUGGCCAGCUAGAGAAGAAACUUGUGGCAGUGACACUUCAACAAACUUUUUCGCUUCAUUUCGAUGAAACACUCGACUGAUUAUUUUCAAAGAAAAUGCUAACUGCGUAUGAUGCUUUAUUUGUUGAACACAAUCGUGAUUUUUUUUACAAGAAAAAAAGUGUCAGCACCUGUGAUAUCCGUUGGCGAAACUAACCUCAAACGCUUUGCUUAUGAGAGAAUCACCAGACUGCCUAGGGUGGGCUCCUGCCUCUUAAAGAAACGUUAGAGUGGCCGGAACUUUACUCCAGAAAGCAAGUUUUUCUAGUCGCGCAGAGGCAAUUAGUAUGAGCCAAACUUCACCACGUAGCACUCCAAGAAUUUUCAAUCCCCACCCCCACCCCCAUGUGUGCUGUAUUUUCGUUGUUGUUGUCCUGCCAUCUUCACAACCAUUUACAACUUUUCACUUAAGAUAUCUCGGGCUGUUGAAAAUAGAAACGACGUUUUUCUUAAGCAGGUAUCUAAACUACUCAUACUUGGAUUAGCACCGUUGAUUCUUAUGUUGUAAUCAUUAUCCAACAGAUUUCAAAGCUCAACUUUCCUCGGCAGAGAUGAAAAACCAGCGUCUUAAGGAGGUAAAUGGCUAUUAUAUUUUGUUUCACUAUUUUACUAUUCUAAACUAGGCCCUCAGUUCUUGAAGCAAAUGGCACAACUGUAACGUCAUUUUAAUUAAUUUUGUGGUCAGGUGUUCAAGAAAAAGAUCCAAGAGUUUCGCGAGGCUUGUUAUGCGCUAACGGGAUACAAGGUGGAUGUGAUUCGAGAUAAUCAGUAUCGACUUCAGUCCAUGUAUGCCGAGAGAUCUACAGAUGACCUGUUAUUUGAGGUAUAGUUUGUCAUAAGAACUGUUGUACGUCCCAUACUGAAGACAUAACCACUAGUUCACGUGGUCGACUCUGCCACAUCAGCAUGCAAAGAAAGUCAUAUCCGAUAGCCCAGGGCUGGUAGAUUUUACUUUAGUCAGGCUACUAAAUUAUGUUCUUAACCUGCCCGACGGGCAAGUGAAUUUUUUCUUGGGGGGCGGGGAAUUCAAAUUACAGAAGAAAUGCUAUCAAUCUUGUUUGUCAAGAUUAUUUUUCGGGCUGGUCACAAUUACUCUUGAGCUAGGACAUGCUAGCUACAGCUUGCCUUUUGCCCCUGCACAUGAAGGCCCAGCUGUUUGCUUGGCAAAGGCACUGGUACCUUGGUUGGUUCUCAGUUGUUUUGAGAACCUGAGUAAAGGUCCGGCUCGCUAGGGGUCGAAACCGGUUUGCAAACCAGUGCUCUAACUGACUGGACUUACUUUGCUAUCCUCAUCUCACCCAAUACGCACGUCGCCUGUAAAAGGGGUCUCUUCCGCGUGAAGCUUGAGGCGGCGCUAUUGAUUCCAUUAGAUCGCAUUAGAACUGAUGCGAUGAUACAGUUUUGCGAUGAAAAGCUGACUUGCACAAUAAUUUUUUCAGGAAUUUUAUGGUAACAACCAGUAUUUUCAAAUCCUUUAUCAGAAAACUGAUUCGAUCCAAUAACCGCCUUGUUUUCUCGCCCAAACGAUACUCAAGUCUCCCUCGCUCUUCAUAAUUACCAUUUAUACUUAAAAGAAACAUCACGUACGCAGGUAAAGGAAAAGUUAAAAGCAAGCCUUUGCCUGCGUAACAAGCGUUUCCGCUCGAGUUAUGGCGUGAAAAUUUGGAGCCAGACCCCCUCCCCUUUCUUUUAUUUGUUUGCUCUCGUUCCAGCUUUUGCGCAUUAACUCGAAAGGAAACGCUUGCUAUGCAGGCUAAGCUAGUCUUUUCGCAAGCUACUUUGUAGAACUUGUCCUUAUUUCUGACAACGUAUUCACUGUAUUCCUUCUUUUUGAUGUGUCUUGUUUGUUUUGUUUGUUUGUUUGUUUGUUUGUUUUGCUUUUUACUAUUGUACUUAAGUAACCUGGGUGCUGCGGCUUCUUCGUCUGCGCGUGCGACUACUUGUUUCAGUUUUGGAAGAAAACUAAAAGAUGAAUGUACCUGUUUUGAUUUUGUGCUUUUUUGUUGUAAUUUUAGAGCACUUCCAAAGGUGAAAUGAUGCUCCUUGCCACAGACUUCUCCUCUCAGUUAACGGAUCAAAUAGAGACUUAUCUGAAGAGAUUCAACUCUAUCCCUGCAUUCUUAAGCAGCAUCACGCUUGAACUCUUUAACCGACAAACGCAGACCAUAGUUAUCAGCUAAUAACAUUAGGAUCUGAUGAGAGAAAGAUGUCAAUCAAACUCGUCCCCAGGGUCCUCUCUUUUACUAAUAUGGCUACUGGAAUCGAGACUCUGGGACGAGGUUGAAUGUCAUUGAAAGUCGUUUCUGAAUAGCCCACGUUCGAUAUAUUAAAAUUGUAACACGAAUCCGAAGCCUUCUGGUCAUUUUUCCAUAUUCGGAGUCAUGUUAGAAUUUUAAAAUGUCGACGUGGGCUAUUAUCAAAAUUGGUUUGAAAAGUCUUAGCCUUUUUGUUGGUUAAAAAACCCUGCUCUUCAGUAGUUUUCAUUUAAAUGGUUCCUCUUUAGGACUUCUAAUUAUUAUCACCCACGAGCCCAUACGCCACUUGCACAUCUCCCAUAAUGCACCUUAUUUUCCCC